AUGGGAAGACUUCUUGAUAGAUUUGACAUUCUUAUCAAGCCAGCGGCAGUGGCUUACAGCACCGACCAAGAAUCAGAUGGAGAAAACAGAGCUGUUUCGGAAAUAGAAUGGAAAAAUGAGGAUGUAACUCGUGGUAGGAAAAGGCGAAGAGCACAUUUCAUUGAUUCAGAUUCAUCAGUUUGCAGUGAUGGACAUAUAGGAUCCUACAUGAAGGGCAGAAAACGAAAUAAAGAAAGCCUUGAAUUGUCUGCCAUCCUGCGGAUGAAGUGUUGUAAGAAAUUCUGUCUACAUAAAGUUUCCAGAGGUGAAGUGUUCAAAUUUCGUACCUCCUUCCUUGCAAAGUCCAAAUCAGAGCAAAGGCAAUGGCUUCUGCAACACCUUUACGAACACCAUGAAACAAGUGGCAGUUUCAUAACAUACAUGUUCAACAUUGGAACAACACACCUUUGCCAACGAGGUUGGAGGCUUGCUCUUGGUAUUAAGAGAACAAGGAUGUGGCAGGUGCAACGUGAUUUCGAAAAUGGGGUAAGGAGAUACAUGGCACCAAACUAUCAUCGUAUUGGGAUGCAGUCUUCCAAAGUACUCAAUUCAAUUGCUUGGCUCUCAGACUUUUCAAAUCGCUUUGGAGAGAAGUUACCUACAUGUCAAAAGAUUCACCUGCCAUCAUGUCUUACGAGAGAAAGUAUAUACAGACUCAUGAAGGAGGAAGUGGAAAACAAAUGUGCAGAGGUGUGCAGCAAGUCACGUUUUUUCCAUGUUUGGAGGAAGGAAAUGUCACAUAUUAGCAUUCCAAAGGUUAACCGAUUUUCGAAAUGUGACAUUUGCACUACACUGAAGACCAAUAUUGAGAAGACAACUGACAAGGUGGCAAGGCAGACCCUGUAUCAACAACGAGAGAUACAUCUAGAACAACAGAAAAAUGAGAGACACAAAUACUACAAACAUAUACAAAAGGCUCGACGGGAACCGACCAAGUAUAUGAGUAUAAUCGUUGAUGGAAUGGAUCAGAAGGCAACAAGCAUCCCACGAUUUUACCGACAGUCCAAGUCAACGAGCUCAGCUUGGAAAUUACAGUCACAUAUUACUGGGGCUCUUGUUCAUGGAAGAGGAACCCAUCUCUUUGUCGAUCUGAAGGAAUUCCCCCAUGAUUCAAACUUGACUACCAAUAUCUUGCUCAACAUUCUACGGAAAUACGACAAAACUCUGCCUGAUGUUCUCUACCUGCAGAUGGACAACUGCGGAAGGGAAAAUAAAAACCAGUGUGUCAUAGCACUUUGUGCUCUGCUAGUGGAACUGAAUGUAUUUCGAAAGGUAAAAAUAGGCUUCCUUAUGAAAGGACACACACAUGAAGACGUGGAUCAACUAUUUAGCAGAGUUUCAGUGCACACAUCCAAGCAGAACAUUCCAACCCUAUCAUCAUUAAUGACCAACAUCACACAGGGGUAUAAUAAACCCAACACGACAUCAGAGAGAUUAACUUCAAUUUUCAACAUACGUGACUGGCUCCAACCCAACAUGCACAAAGUGUCUCACCACAGCCACCCUCACCAGUUCAGAAUAACCAAGGAUGAAAAUGGAAAGGCUGUACUACAUACAAAGAAAUGGAGUAAUACUUCUGAGUGGCAGUGCACAACAGGAGAAAAUUACAUCAUCAAGACUCAUCCAGAAGGAGUACCUCACAUUGUAGAACCGUUUACAGCUGAACUUGAUCUUAAUAAUCUUCGGCGAGAUCUACCCAAAUACAAACCUUACCUGACCCAAGUAGAAGUUACUGAAUGGGAAGAGCUUUUAAGCUCUCUGGAAUGCAGUGAUGACAAUAACUUAAAUGACACUUGGAUGCUGCUGGACAUUCUCAUGGGCAAGGAUUCACAAGCUUCAAUCCAACAACGACCUGAAAAUGGAGAAGAGAAUAAUGUGGCUUUCUCAAAUGAUGAGCAGGCACCCAUUAUUCCCGUUAACAUCGGUCCUAAGCAACGGCCUGAAAGAGUUCCUCCUCAGUUGAGAGUCGACUGUAUGAUAGGGGUCUAUCUGAGAGAAUACAGGCAUGAAUGGCCACAAGUUGGGAAAGUCACCGCAAUAGGGCAGGAGAGCAUCACAUUACACUGGUUUUCAGGGACAGCAACAUCUGCAUGGACGCCAUUGUACCGAAAAGCUAGAAAAGGACAAGAACCAUACAUUCAGACCAUUCCAUCAGCAAGUACCAUCACACACCCAUUUCAUCUAACUGGAACAGACAAGAUUCCCCAGGAAGUGCAGCGCCAACUUCGAGAAAAACAUGAAGAACUAUACUCGUAGUACUGGAGGAUAUGAUAUGCUACAUUGUGUUUCUUGGGUCAUCUGUCUGAACAUCUCUACAUGUGUACAUCUAUAUCUGUCAAUCCUAUU